AUGCUCUUCCAGACCAACGACAUCCGCGAGGCCAGCGUCGGGGAGGACGUGGAGUGGUACCAGGCGCUGGUCCGCAGCCUGGUGGAGGGGCACCCCUGGGUGCGCCGGGCGGUGCUGGCCCUCGACGCCCACCCGCUGGCCCCCAAGCCCCGGCUGAUGCUUCAGGCCACCAAGGGGGAGGGUGAGAUCCUGUUGCAGGACGUCUCGGCCGCCGCCCCCAGCCUGGGCAACCUCAGCUGGGACAACGAGUGGUUCAACGCCCUCAAAUCCCAGCGGACCCCCCAGCUCCGCAAGCGCGUGCUCAGCAACGACCUGCACACCAUGGAGACCCCCAAGUGGCAGCGGGGUGACAGCUACGUGGGGGAGCCGGGACAGGUGCGGUGGUCCCCGCCGUUCCUCGAGUGCCGGGACGGCAGGUUCCUGCCCGCCUGGAUGGUCACACUCUCCUCUGCUUUCUACGGGCUCAAGCCAGAUCUCAGCCCUGAGUUCAAGGGUGUCGUGCGGGUGGACAUUGAGCUGCAGGACGUGGCCAUCGACCAGUGCUCCAGCGGGCCGGGCUGGUUCGCCGACACGCACCGUUGUGACCUCAACAGCACCCAGUGUGUCCCUCAGGAGAGCCGUGGCUUUGUCCUCGGGAGGUACCUGUGCCAGUGCAAGCCAGGCUUUUACAGGGCCGGCGGAGUGGCCAGUGGCUCGGCAGGGGCAGACGAGGGGUCCCGGCUGGCGUGCCAGCCCUGCCACCAGGGAUGUGCCACCUGCGAGGAUGACAAACCUUGCCUGAUCCAGGAGGACCAUGUGCUGCGGGCGGCCGUCCUGUCCUGCCAGGCUGGCUGCAUGCUGGCUGUCUUCCUCAGCAUGCUCGUCUCCUACCACUUCCGACGGAGCAAGAGGAUCCGGUCAUCGGGAGUCAUCCUCCUGGAGACAAUCCUCUUCGGGUCCCUCCUCCUCUAUUUCCCGGUCUUCAUCCUGUACUUCAAGCCGAGCAUCUUCCGCUGCAUCGUCCUGCGCUGGGUGCGCGUGCUCGGCUUCGCCAUCGUCUACGGCACCAUCACCCUCAAGCUGCACAGGGUGCUGAAGGUGUUCCUGUCCCGCACGGCCCAGCGGGUGCCCUACGUGUCGAGCGGGCGGGUGCUGAAGACGCUGGGUUUGAUCCUGCUCCUGGUGCUGUGGUUCCUGGCAGCCUGGACCAUCGGGAUGCUGGAGAACAUCGACAAGAACAUCCCGCUGGUGAUCCGCACCCAGACCACCCAUGGUCUCCACUUCUACAUCUGUGGCCAUGACCGCUGGGACUACAUGAUGGUGAUUGCUGAGCUGCUGUUCCUGCUGUGGGGCAGCUUCCUGUGCUACGCCACCCGCCCCGUGCCCUCCGCCUUCCACGAGCCCCGCUACAUGGGCAUCGCGCUCCACAACGAGCUCAUGAUCUCGGCUGCCUUCCACCUGGCCAGGUUCAUCAUGGUCCCCUCGCUGCACCCCGACUGGACCCUGCUCCUCUUCUUCGCCCACACCCACAGCACCAUCACCAUGACCCUGGCGCUGCUCUUCAUCCCCAAGCUCCUGCACACCGGCUCGCCGCUGCGGGAGGAGAUCGCGGCCGAGGUGUACGAGGACGAGCUGGACAUGGGCCACUCGCGCUCCUGCCUCAACAGCAGCAUCGCGUCCGCCUGGAGCGAGCACAGUCUCGACCCCGAUGACAUUCGGGUGGGUGGCACACUCAGGACCUUCUUUGAGGAGCUGAAGAAGCUCUACAGGCAGCUGGAGGUGCACAAGACGCAGAAGAUGGCAGCCAACAACCCCCACCUGCCCAAAAAACGCAGCCCCCGCCGCUCCACCCUGCGCCGGAGCAGCGAGGAACGGGCGGGCACCCCGGAACGCCGCGGCUCCUCGGCCAGACUGCUCCCCGACGGUGCCAGCCCAAGGACACGGGGGGGGGACAGUUCCCGGCACCGCCCCGCGACCCCGCGCAAGUCCCGCAGAUCCGAGGGGCCCGCGCGGGAGCCCCGGGGAGGCUCCUCCACCCCCGGUUCCCCCGGGGAGCCUGUGCUGGGGAGGAAGAUGGUGGUGACAGCAGCCUCGGAGCCAUCUGACAGCGAGUCCCUCGAUGCUGCCCCGCUCGUCUGCAAGUCAGCCAGCGCCCAAAACCUGGGGGGCCCCGGGCAGCCCCCCCUGCCCCACGCGGCCCCCUUGCAGAAGUCACACAGCGUGGUGUCUGGGGCACGAGAGGUGGCCCUGCUCGCUGCCAGCCGAGCAGAACGGCACGGAGACCCUCACCCACCCAUCCCCUCCUCGGGGCAGCCCGUGGGCCAGGGAGAACAAGCCAGGAAGACCCAAAGCCCCAGCGCAGCUGAUGCCAUCCCACCAGCUGAUUCCAGCCCCACCCAGGGGGGUCCCCAGGAGCACUUGUCCCCCCUGGGCCAUGGGAAGGUGCAGAAACAUGUCACCUACACACCCAUCAAGAGCAUCAGUGUUGACAGCUCCCACCUGCCUGGACGGGUGAGGGUGGCAGUGAGGAGGACCCCACCACCACCCCCUGUCCGGUACCAGAGCCUGGGGCUCUGUGCCACACCUUCUAGGGACAGCCCGGAGCCACCCACGGACCCCCCAGCACAGGUGGGGAAGCCAGAGGGGACAGCAGAGGAAGAUCCAGGACAGGAGUGUCCCCCGGAGAGGAGGGGCCAGCUGAGGGCCAUGGCCUCCAUCCCAGCACACGUCUGCCCCUGGGAGCUGGUCCAGGAGGAGAUCCUCAGCCAGAAGCAAAAAGCCAAGGAAGCAGCAGACUCAGGGACCCCCGGUGACACAGUGGCUGCCCCCCCAAGCCUGAAGCCAUUCUCCCAGAGCUCCCUCCAUGGCCUGGAACUUGCCAUCAAAGCCUUCAACCAUGCCAGGGGGAAAAGCAUCCUGAGGGGAAAGAGAGAAGGCAAAGGGAGCUCCAGGAAGAGGGACCAUGAGCAGGAGGGGGGCAGCAGGAAGGAGAGGUCUGGCCUGGCAGGGACAUCAGCCAUGUCCCUCGGGGGGGUCGGCCAAGGCUCUGCCACCAGAAGUCCUGAGUGGAGUGGGCAGAGGCCUAGCAGUGUGCCCGCUGCCCACUCACGGGGGGACAGCAGGGCAGAGGGCCAGUGUGACAGGCCAGCCCUGGGGACAGGCAGUGCUGAGAAACUGGCAGAGGACCCCACUGCUCUCCAGGGGGAUGUGGGUGCUGGUGGGGGCCCAAGGCCACCCUCAGGGGUGCAUGAGAUCCCACUCUGUGUUGGUCACCGAGAAGGAGCAGAAGGUCCCUGUGAAAGCUCAGCAGUGGCUGGUGGUGGGACAGCACAGAUCUGUCCCCAGCAAGAGGCUGAGGCUCCAGAGAAGGAUGCUCCUGCUGCCAGGGUGAGCCUGACCACAGCAAAGGAAGGGGUGGCUGAGGGGGGCAGCAGGUCCAUCCACCCCCCUUCAGACCAUGCAGAGGUGGAGCAGCCACAUGCAAAAGCCACUGCAGGCAGGUCCCAGCCACCCGCUGCUGGUGUGCAGGGAGUGGCUGCUGAGGGGACAGGGGCUGAGGCUUGUCCCCGGGGAGCCUCAGGCAUCCCAGCAGGAAAAGGAGCCUUGCUGCGCCAGGAGGCCGUUGCUUCCCAGGAGGACAGUGAGGUCCUGCUGGGAGAGGAGAGCCCGGGCAACAGGCUAAAGAAGAGCAGCAGCCAGCCUGAGCUCCUUGGUCCCAGGGAGAGCUGGGGUGUCAGGAAGGUGUCCCCAAGGAGCCGGAGUGUGGAGAUGGCCCCGGCUGCUCUGGGGACAGCUGGAAGGACAGAGGUCUGUCCUGGGGAAAGCUGGGCAGAUUCCAGCAUGAAAACAGAAAUAUGCCCCUUGGAGGAGAGCGAGGGCACCCCAGGAAAGGGUGGCAGCAAGGGGGAAGCCCCCCGCCCCGGGGAAGAGCCAGACAUGGAGAAACCACCAGCACCUUCAGAGAAAGUGGGCAGCAUGGAGGGCAGGAGGGCUGAGGUUUGUCCGUGGGAGAACAGGGAAGUGGAAAACACCAUCAGAGCAGAAAUCUGCCCCUGGGAUGAGGAGGGGGCUCAGCUGGAGGAAAAGAGGCAGGAGGGAGUGAGGAGGCAGCUGGCCAAGGGAAUCAGACCAAAAUCAGGGGGUUUUCUGGGAGAGCAGGAGGGCCAGGGCAGCACCAGCAGUGAGGGACCCCCCCCAAAACCUGCUCCCAAAAGUUCUGAGCUGCCAGGUGUGACCUUGAGGAGCCGAACGAGCGCUCAGGCUUCGGUUUGUCCCUGGGAAGCAGCAGGAGCUGACAGCGACGCAGGAGAAGUUUGCCCUUGGGAGAGAGGAACGGCCUCAUCUGAUGCAGGAAAAUCACACGAUGGUGACAUUUCCCAAGAGGAGGAUGGGGCUUCCCCAGAGAGGGCAGCCCCGAAAGCCACGCCAGAGACCACAGGCAAGGGGAGCAGCCAGCGAGGAGCCCCCAGCCCUGGGGAAGUUGUGGAGCAGCCCAGCAUGGGAGUCAGAGGAAAACCCCCACUGCUGCUCAAACCAUCAUCUAAGCAAGUGGGAACCAUCGACAGCAAAAAAGCCAAUGUUUGUCCUUGGGAAGUGGUGGAUGAGCCACUUCCUAAAACAGAAACCUGCCCUUGGGUAGAACAUGCAGCUCCACUGGGGAAGGAGAAACCAAGUCAGGACAUGUGUGGGACUUCCAGUGGGGAAAACAAACCAGGAUCUGGAGGACUUGAAGAUGACAAAGCAAAGCUGGCAGAGGGGGGUGGCCAGUGGCUGGAGCACAGGAACACCGGGCCAAACACAAAGUUCAUUAAGAAAAGCCUGGAGCAUUCAAAAACAGAGUCCAAGAAAUCCCAGACAUUGGUGAGCAUAAAGGAGGAGGUCUGUCCCUGGGAGAGCCUGGGCACGGAGCAGAGCCCAGAACAACCUCAUGGCAGGAGCCCCAGGCUGCCCAAAUCACCUUCAAAGAAAUCCCAGAGCGUGGAGAGCCUGAAGGCAGAGGUGUGUCCUUGGGAGGCUCCUGAGCUCGAGGCCACUGAUAAAGCAGAAAUCUGUCCCUGGGAGGUGGCUGCUCCUCCAUCAGGCAAAGUGAGCAGCUCUUCAACAAGUCAGGGUGUUUUGAAAGAGGCUGCAGAGAGCACAUCUGCAAAGAAGGAGGCAGUGAGCAGAGACCGUGAGUCCAUCUGUCCCUGGGAGAGCACGGACACGGAGGGAACCACUGUGGGGUCCAUCAGGAAGAGCACAGAGCUGCUGAAAUCCCAGGCAUUUGUGAGCAUGGAGAGCAUAAAGGAGGAGGUCUGUCCCUGGGAGAGCCUGGGCACAGAGCAGACCCCAGAACAACCUCACAGCAGAAGCCCCAGGCUGCCCAAAUCAUCCUCAAAGAAAUCCCAGAGCGUGGAGAGCCUGAAGGCAGAGGUGUGUCCUUGGGAGGCUCCUGAGCUCGAGGCCACUGACAAAGCAGAAAUCUGCCCUUGGGAGGUGGCUGCUCCACCAUCAGGCAAAGAGAAACCAAGACAAGCCAGCGGUGCUCUGUCCACAGUGAGCAGAAGCCCUUCAACACAUCGUAGUGUCUUGAAAGAGGCUGCAGAGAGCACGUUUGCAAAGAAGGAGGCAGUGAGCAGAGACCGUGAGUCCAUCUGUCCCUGGGAGAGCACGGACACAGAGGGAAUCUCCAAGUCCAGGACAAAGAGCACAGAACUGCUGAAAUCCACUGCCAAGACAUUGGAGAGCAUGGGGAGCAUGAAGGCUGAGGUCUGUCCCUGGGAGAGCACAGACAUGGAGCAGCCCCCUGAGAAGUCCCGCUCUGGGAUCCCAGCACUGCCCAAAUCAUCCUCAAAGAAGUCCCAGAGUGUGGAGAGCCUGAAGGCAGAGGUGUGUCCUUGGGAGGCUCCUGAGCUCGAGGCCAGUGAUAAAGCAGAAAUCUGCCCCUGGGAGGUGGCUGCUCCUCCAUCAGGCAAAGUGAGCAGAAGCCCUUCGACAAGUCAAGGUGUUUUGAAAGAGAAAGGAGAGAGCACGUCUGCAAAGAAGGAGGCAGUGAGCAGAGACCGUGAGUCCAUCUGUCCCUGGGAGAGCACGGACACGGAGGGAACCACUGUGGGGUCCACCAGGAAGAGCACAGAGCUGCUGAAAUCCCAGGCAUUUGUGAGCAUGGAGAGCAUAAAGGAGGAGGUCUGUCCCUGGGAGAGCCUGGGCACAGAGCAGACCCCAGAACAACCUCACAGCAGGAGCCCCAGGCUGCCCAAAUCAUCCUCAAAGAAAUCCCAGAGCGUGGAGAGCCUGAAGGCAGAGGUGUGUCCUUGGGAGGCUCCUGAGCUCGAGGCCAGUGAUAAAGCAGCAGUCUGCCCCUGGGAGGUGGCUGCUCCACCAUCAGGCAAAGAGAAACCAAGACAAGAGAAAGAUGCUCUGUCCACAGUGAGCAGAAGCCCUUCGACAGGUCAAGGGCUCCACAAAGAGACAGGAGAGAGCACGUUUGCAAAGAAGGAGGCAGUGAGCAGAGACCGUGAGUCCAUCUGUCCCUGGGAGAGCACAGACACGGAGAAGCCCCCUGAGAAGUCCCGCUCUGGGAUCCCAGCACUGCCCAAAUCAUCCUCAAAGAAAUCCCAGAGUGUGGAGAGCCUGAAGGCAGAGGUGUGUCCUUGGGAGGCUCCUGAGCUCGAGGCCAGUGAUAAAGCAGCAAUCUGCCCCUGGGAGGUGGCUGCUCCACCAUCAGGCACAGAGAAACCAAGACAAGCCAGCGGUGCUCUGUCCACAGUGAGCAGAAGCUCUUCAACAAGUCAGGGUGUUUUGAAAGAGGCUGCAGAGAGCACGUCUGCAAAGAAGGAGGCAGUGAGCAGAGACCGUGAGUCCAUCUGUCCCUGGGAGAGCACAGACACGGAGGGAACCACUGUGGGGUCCAGGACAAAGAGCACAGAGCUGAAGAAAACCACUGUCAAGACAUCGGAGAGCAUGGGGAGCAUGAAGGCUGAGGUCUGUCCCUGGGAGAGCACAGACACAGAGCAGCCCCCUGAGAAGUCCCGCUCUGGGAUCCCAGCACUGCCCAAAUCAUCCUCAAAGAAGUCCCAGAGUGUGGAGAGCCUGAAGGCAGAGGUGUGUCCUUGGGAGGCUCCUGAGCUCGAGGCCACUGACAAAGCAGAAAUCUGCCCUUGGGAGGUGGCUGCUCCUCCAUCAGGCAAAGUGAGCAGAAGCUCUUCAACAAGUCAGGGUGUUUUGAAAGAGGCUGCAGAGAGCACAUCUGCAAAGAAGGAGGCAGUGAGCAGAGACCGUGAGUCCAUCUGUCCCUGGGAGAGCACGGACACAGAGGGAAUCUCCAAGUCCAGGACAAAGAGCACAGAACUGCUGAAAUCCACUGCCAAGACAUCGGAGAGCAUGGGGAGCAUGAAGGCUGAGGUCUGUCCCUGGGAGAGCACAGACAUGGAGCAGCCCCCUGAGAAGUCCCGCUCUGGGAUCCCAGCACUGCCCAAAUCAUCCUCAAAGAAGUCCCAGAGCGUGGAGAGCCUGAAGGCAGAGGUGUGUCCUUGGGAGGCUCCUGAGCUCAGUUCCAGCGACAAAGCAGCGAUCUGCCCCUGGGAGGCGGCUGCACCUCUGCCGCAGGAAGGAGCAGUCCCGGGGAAGGGGAGCUCCCCAUCAAAACCAGCUGGUGCUUCCAAACCUCAGGAGAAGGGGAGUGGGGAGCGGGAGUCCGCCUGCCCCUGGCAGAGCCUGGGCACGGAGGAGCCCUCCUUAAAAACUGCAGCAGGCAAAGAGCCGUCCAGGAAGCCUGACCGUGCAGAGAGCAGGACAUCUGACAUUUGCCCCUGGGCAGCAGCAGAGCCCACCGGCUUCCAGCCCGGCGUGCAGCCCCGGGGAGCUGAGGGAGUGUCCCCCAGCGGGCCGGGAGAGCCAAAGCUGGUGGCAGGAGCCAGCGACGGGUCAGCUCUGCUGGGGAAACCCACGGGCAGAGCUGAGCACAAGCCCCUGUGCCGCAUCGUACCGGGCAUCCAGCCCCGCCGGGAGGCGGGAGCGGCUCCUGCCGCGGGCAGCAGCUCCAGCCCGGGCAGCAGCACAGCCCGGGGUUGUCCCUGGGAAGCAGAAGAGGCUCCAGCAGCCCCCGACAAGCCCAGCACAGACAGCAGGAAAUCCUCCGAGGUGUGUCCAUGGGAAGAGGUGGAGGGUGUAGAUCCCACCCCGACCCUCCCUGGGCAGGGCAGGGCAGGUGUGAGCCCUGGAGAUGGAGACAGGGCUGCGAGUGGAACCAAGCCCGACGUCUGCCCCUGGGACCACGAGUAGCUCCUUCCCUCCAGCCACCAGCUGGGUGCAGACACAGCUUUCUCCAACAGAGGGUCUCCAGCUGAAGGCUGCUGCCUACCUGCACAGCCUGGAGAGGGAUGGAAGUGUCCACCAAAGCCAACGGCAUGGCCAUGCUCCCAGCAAGCUCCACUGGUGGCCAUCAAAGCCAGCCAGGCUUGGGGACCAGCAGCAAGGGGGCAGUUAACAUCUCCUGCCUUCAAAUACCACCCACAGGUACCAGGCCCAGCACAGGGUCCCCUCCAUCCAAGCAGGGCACCCAAGCACCUCCCAGUGGGAGGUGUCCCUGCCCAUGCAGAGGGUUGGAACGAGAUCAUCUUUAAGGUCCCUUCCAACCUAAACCAGUCUGUGAUUCUGUGGAAACAGCUUUCCAGGGCUUCUGCAGCCCAGUGGAUCUCCCCCAGACCUGCUGUCACCUCCAUUUGAAGCCAGGGAGGUUUCUGUAAGCACUGCUGGGACCAGGCAGGUUCUGAAGCUGGGGAUGAAGGGUUGUUCCCAGCCAGUCCCACCACACAUCUUGCUUCCUUGCCACAAAGUCAUUUAUUUUUAAAUGUCCUCUGAAGUCACCGAGCCAGCCCCAGGACUUCCACACAUGCCAAGCAAACCUUUCUGCUCCGUUUUGGUCCUGCACUGUCAGCCCAGCCCUGCCCUUGGUGAUGCCCAAUCCCAUCACUCGACCUGGGUGGGAUGAACCAACCUCCAGGCCACUCCUCUGCUCUGCUGCAACCCCUGCCCCUCUGCAGGCUGAGGU